GACAUGGAGCUCUUGGGAACGAAUCUACGAAAAAGAGUCAGUUUUUUUAACAUUGUAUUUUUCAUCUGUUGCUAUGCCGUGAAUAAUGCAAGGUGUCAAGAACUGGAAACUAUGCUGGAUGCGGCACAAAAGCUGCUUUCAAGUGUAGAGGAACAAUUGGAAGCACUCAAAGGAUAUGAAGCAGCUGAUGGUUCCAUUUCCCGUAAAGAUGACAAAACAUAUCCCUCAUCCUGUUUGACGUCCCAGUUCAAUGCAAGCGGGGUUUAUACGAUAGAGGUGCCGGGUCUGGCGCCGUUUUCCGUAGCCUGUGAUAACUGCUCUGCCGGAUUCGGCUGGCUUGUCAUCCAGAGGCGACUGAAUGGCAGCUUGAACUUCUAUCGCAACUGGCAGGAGUACAGGGACGGCUUUGGAGAUCUCAACGGCGAGUUUUUUAUUGGUCUGGAGAAACUGCGUGCCAUCACGGCUCUGGAGCCCUUUGAGCUGUACAUUGUUCUCGAGGACUUCGACGGAGAGACACGUUAUGCUAAAUUUGAUGAAUUUGCCAUUGGCAGCGAAGCGGAUUCGUAUCCACUCAAUGUGCUGGGCGCCUACAGGGGCAACGCGGGCGAUUCGCUGCGGAGUCAUCGCAAAAUGAAGUUCUCCACCUACGAUCGGGACAACGAUCGCGAGUUUGCCAGAAACUGCGCCUUUCUCCACGUGGGUGCCUGGUGGUACAACAGCUGCGUGGACAGCAACCUCAAUGGACAGUACAUUGAGGGCGGCAAAUACGAGGAGAAGCUCUUCGCCCGCGGCAUGUGCUGGCGGGCCUGGCGUGGUCACAACUACGGCUACAAGUUCACCCAAAUGAUGAUUAGGCCCAAAUGCCGUACCUUUCCAGCUUCCUUUAAAGGCAACAAGGGCAACAAGGGCUCUCAACGGAAAUGUGACGUGAUUCCUUAACUCUUAAUUUGCAUGCACAGCCCACAUUUAUUCCGAACUCAUCACAGAAUAUAGUUUCAUAAUCUUCCACUCGAUUAGUAUGCGGAAUACGCAUGUCGCCUUUUUUUCAAACCCAGUCAAAAGUGAUUCAAAAAUAUAUUUUAAGCAUUUUACUUCCUGGGUAUACUUAUAUAUCCAUAUAAUUGUAUCUACACUGCAUUCAUUGUUUUUACUAAUCAAAUAUAUAUGUUUUAGAUACAUUCAGCCGACAUUCACUUUCGACAAGAAUAAACCCGCAAGAAAAACAUGAUCUAUGUUAUAGUUCUAUAUGUUAUAUGUAGAGAUACUAUGAAGAUACCCGGUACCAAGGUCUAAAGUACCUUUUUGACC